GAAGAGGAAAAAAAUAAGGAGGGAGCUGGUCGCCUGCAUUUGAACGCCAUCCUCUUGGCGCAAGAAAAAGGCGCACUUCUUCAGAGCGAAAAUUACAGCUGGAUGAGACACGUUUCAGGACUGUUAUGCGCAACUACUGCUGAGAGUGGAGUGGACUGCACUGCUAAGGACUUGGUCAGUAUUGCCGGAGUAUGAGGAAGCCGGGCCCACAGAAAGCUAUCGAGUGGAAGGAUGGCAGACGCAUCAAACACGCCCGCAGCGGCCGCCCCUCGCGAGUCCCCGCUCAGUACCAGGGGCACUUCAGCUGGGAGAAGUACCUGAAGGAGACAGGUGCCAUCGCUGCCCCAGCCCACUGCUUCAGACAGAGCACCACGCCGCCGGCGAACGAGUUCAAGGCGGGCAUGAAGCUGGAGGCGCAGGACCCGCGGAACACCACGUCCACCUGCAUCGCCACGGUGGUGGGGCUGACCGGCUCGCGCCUGCGUCUGCGGCUGGACGGCAGCGACAACAAGAACGACUUCUGGCGCCUGGUGGACUCCUCCGAGAUCCAGCCCAUAGGGAACUGCGAGAAGAACGGGGGCAUGCUGCAGCCGCCGCUGGGAUUUCGGCUGAACGCAUCCUCCUGGCCCAUGUUCCUGCUGAAGACCCUGAAUGGGGCGGAGAUGGCGCCCGCACGAAUCUUCCAUAAACAGGAGCCUCCGGCCCCGGAGCAGAACUUCUUCAAGGUGGGCAUGAAGCUGGAGGCGGUGGACCGCAAGAACCCGCACUUCAUCUGCCCGGCCACCGUGGGGGCGCUGCGCGGCGUGGAGGUGCUGGUCACCUUCGACGGCUGGCGGGGCGCCUUCGACUACUACUGCCGCUACGACUCCCGCGACAUCUUCCCCGUGGGCUGGUGCGCGCUCACAGGCGACAACCUGCAGCCCCCCGGCACCAAGGCCGUGUUGCCGAAGACCCCCGGGGCACUUCCAGAAGCGAGCGUGGAGGGCUCAGGGAUGCACCCGGUGACAGGCAAGCCCCCGGGACAACGGGGGCGCAAGCCUGGCCGGAGGAAAACCAAGCUGCCCGGCCCCUGGGGCCCGAAGGGACCGACCGCGGGGCCACAGGCCGGCCAGCCCGCCAAGGGCCUGGAGCCAAUCAAAAUCCCAAAGAAGAGGGGGCCAAAGCCUGGCAGCAAGUUGGGAUGGGCGAAGAGAGCCGCCUGGUUGGAGGGCUCCAUGGCGGGUCCGGGACGCCCCCUCUCAAGGCCCCGGGGACGACUCCCAGCCAACUGGGCACAGAGGGCGGGGGUCCAGCAGGGCCAGGCGGAGCCCAUCAAGAUCCCAAAGAAGAGGGGCCCCAAACCGGGCAGCAAGAGGAAACCCCGUGUCUCGCCCAACCCUGUGCCCACCUCCCCCACCAGCAGCACCCCGGAGCCCGACACCAGCACUGUCCCGCUGGACAACGCCACCAUCCCCAGCGCCGCCCUGCAGGCACCCACAGUGUGCGUUUACCUGAACAAGUACGGGAAGGCGGGGCCUCACCUGGACGCGCGGCGGCUGCAGCAGCUGCCGGACCACUUCGGGCCGGGGCGGGCCUCCUCGGUGCUGCAGCAGUGUGUUCAAGCCUGCGUGGACUGCGCCCACAACCAGGGCACCGUCUUCUCCUGCCUCAAGCCUGGCCACGGCGGCGAGGUCAUCUCAGCGUACUUUGAGCAGCAGCACCACACCCUCACCUUGCCCACGGUCAACAGCGUCACUUACGUACUGCGCUUCCUGGAGAAACUCUGUCACAACCUCCACAGCGACAACCUGUUCGGCAGCCAGCCCGUGCCCGUGGGAGGCCUGCACUACGACAGCCACGCCUACACAGAAAGGAGAGGGUUUGGGGAGGGCCUCCCGGCCGGCCCAGGCCGGGGCACCAAGCGCUACCUUCAGGAAUCCUUCACCAGCCCCCUCUCCCACAAGCUGUCCAAAAACCUCCGGCACUCCUCUGAAGCAGAGCCGUUCCUAAUGGAGAACGGGGUAGGGGGAGCCGCGGAGCACCUGGACCCCUCCUCACUGACCCCCGGGACCCCCGGACGCCCCCUGGCCCUGCGGUCCCUGUCACAGAGAGGCAGCCCCCCCACCAAGCUUCUACGCCUCAGCUCUGCAGGUUCCGACCGCUUCCUGUCGCCCCGGGACAGCCCGCGACCCGGCGGGCAGGACCCCAACCUGUGGACGGUGGAGGACGUCAUGCAGUUCAUCCGGGGCAUCGACCCACAGCUGGGGCCGCACGCCGACCUCUUCCGGAAACACGAGAUUGACGGCAAGGCCCUCCUAUUGCUGCGGAGCGACAUGAUGAUGAAGUACAUGGGGCUGAAGCUGGGCCCCGCCCUCAAACUUACCUUCCACAUCGACAGACUCAAACAGGGGCGCACCUGAGAGGCCCCCCCGUCCCCGCCCUGUCCCGCCCUCUCAGACCAUCAUGACGCACACAUCAGCUGGGCAGUCGAAUGUCCGCCUCUCGUAGCAUCUACAACCACGGUUUGGGGUCAGAGGUCACACUGCCACCCUGCACCUAACCCCAUAACCCCAACCUAACCCCAACCCCCCCCAUCCCCUCCUCUUAGACCUCUGUCCCACAGGUUUUUAGUUCUCUUUUGUAGCACACAGCCACUCGACAGCAUCAUGGGAACUGUAGCCAUGUUUUUUUUCCUCUCCGGUUCCUCGCCGGUACAUUUCAGAUGGUUACGUUAGACCUCUUUGCCAAGGACUGUUUUUGUACAGCUGAACGGAGCACGGUGGCCAUUUUGGGCCUGUCUUUUAUUACAUUUUUUAAUUCAUCUUAUAUAUUUGAUUUUUUUUUUCCCUUCACCCACAGAAGUAUGGGUUUGUCUUUUCCCCCCGGUUAGGGGGCUUUGUACGAGACUGCUACCCUCAGUAAGAUCUCCUGAUAAACACUAUUUUUUUCAGCUUGUUUGGGAUUGGCUGCAGACUGACGUCUCACUUGGAGGCUUUUUUUCAUACGUCACACUUUAUAGCACAGAGACAGACUGGAAGGAAAGCGUAGACGGGAUGUGCUGCCUCCACAAAACCCUGGUCCCCUUGUCUCGCUGUGGUUGUUGUUUAUAAUUACUGUGUCUUUGUCUCCUCGUCGUUAUUUGUACUUUUUUAUUUUUUUAUACUAUAUUAUUAGAUGACAUACA